AAAAGGGCUUUUUCUCCACAGUGUUGUGUUGUCAGAUUGGCGUGCUUUACUGUGCUUGUAGAGCUGUAAAUACUGCAGCAACACACAGAGAGACAUAAAAGAAAGAAAGAGAUUGAAAAAAAAUGGAGUGCUGAAAGAGAUUUCAUGAGUGUAAGUAAUAGAGAGAAGAACCAACCAAACCAACUAAAAAUCAACUCAAAAGCUUCUUUUUCUUUUUAUUUUGCUGUUUCAGUACUACUCAAGAGGAAGAGGAACAUAAGAAUAUAUAUCAUGUCUUAAACGGCAAACAACUAUGAAUGAAGAAAAAUGUAUAAACAAAACAACUGACUUUGGAUUCUCAAGGGUAUAAAAGACCCUCCUCCUCCUCCUCCUCAAGUUUUAGAGAUUGUGUUAGUGAGAUCUUGGUGGUGGGUCUUUUAGUUUGUGAAGCUUUUAAAAGACCCUCCUCCUCUUCCCCCUUUUCUUUAAGGAAAUAAACAAAUAGAGGGUUUUUCUUUUUUAAUUUUGCUGGUUUGAUAAUUAGUUUAAGUAGUGAGUCUCUGUUGGCAAUGUCUCCUGAGGUAACUGAGUAAGCCCGUGCUCCAUGGGAGCUGCCAUAUACAAAGGAAACAAUCUCUUCUUAAGGUCUCUUGCCAUUGAAGAGAACUCUUCUUCAUCUCUUAUUUAGAAAAUAAAGUUUGGUUUUUUUUCUUUUCUUUUUUCUUUGUUUCACAGACCAUCUUCAUUUUAUUACUCUUCUCUUUUCUUUCUCUUUCAUUUUAAUUAUCUAGUCCUUUCUCCUGUCUUGGUUGAUUCAAAAGAUUCCAUCUUCAUAAUCAUAAAUCUCUUCUCUUUUGAUCACUUCUUCUACACUUGAAUCUCACAAUACCAGUGUUUGUUUUCACAUUCAGAAAAAAGUUUUUAGGUGUUUUUUUUUUCUCUUUUUUUUCUUCACUUUAUUGGGUUAUGUUUGUUUGGGUGUUUUCAAAGGUGAUGUGCUAUUGGGGUAGUAGUAUUUUAGUCAGUAUUUAGAACAACAAGAAGAAAGGGGGAAAGAAAAAGUUCAGAUCUUUACAUAUUGUCAAGAUGAAGUUCAUGAAACUUGGAUCAAAGCCUGAUUCCUUCAAAACAGAUAGUAAUAAUGUCAGGUACGUGGCAGCUGAGUUGGCAACCGACAUCAUUGUUAAUGUAGGGGAUGUCAAGUUUUAUCUACACAAGUUUCCUUUAUUAUCCAAGAGCGCCCGCUUGCAGAAAUUGGUUACUGAAGAAACCAAUGAUGAAGUACACAUCUCUGAAAUGCCUGGAGGACCUGCUGCUUUUGAGAUCUGCGCCAAGUUCUGUUAUGGCAUGACUGUUACCUUAAACGCGUACAAUGUUGUCGCAGCUCGCUGUGCAGCAGAAUAUUUAGAGAUGCAUGAGACUGUUGACAAAGGGAACCUCAUUUACAAAAUCGAAGUCUUCCUUAGUUCUAGUAUCUUCUGCAGCUGGAAAGACUCUAUCAUUGUUCUUCAGACAACAAAGUCUCUGAUUCCCUGGUGUGAGGAGCUGAAGGUGGUCAGCCGUUGCAUCGAUUCCAUAGCUUCCAAGGCCUCUAUCGAUACUUCCAGAGUAGAAUGGUCCUACACUUAUAACCGGAAAAAACUCCCAUCAGAAAACAGGACAGACCCACAAUGGAAUGGUGUUGUCACGAAACCUCCCUCGGUCCCGAAGGAUUGGUGGGUCGAGGACCUGUCUGAACUGGAACUAGAAUUCUACAAGCGAGUUAUAGUGACCAUUAGAAACAAAGGGAAAACUCAGGGUGAUGUUAUAGGAGAAGCCCUGAAAGCAUAUGCACUAAGAAGGCUACCAGGUUUCAGCAAGGGCGUGAUCCAGGGUGGCGAUACUAUAAAGAAUCGAUCUUUGGUAGAUACUAUUAUUUGGCUGUUACCAAAAGAAAAAGGAAGUGUUUCCUGUAGUUUCCUACUCAAGCUCUUAAAAGUGGCAACACAACUUGAUUGUGGAGAAAAUGCAAAGCGAGAACUUAUUAAAAGAAUAGGGCUAAAGCUGGACGAAGCUUCAGUUAAUGAUCUGUUAAUUCCUGCACCUGCCGGGGAAGCUAUGAUGUAUGAUGUGGAUGCAGUACAAAGCAUAUUGGCGGAAUUUGUAAUGCAAGAACAGAAUUCAAUAGACUCGGAUCUGAAUGACGAAGUACUGGAGAUUAGAAGCCCUAGGUUUAUAUCAGAAGCUUCUAAACUCAUUGUGGUGAAGCUGGUUGAUGGAUACCUUGCAGAAAUAGCCAGGGACCAUCAUCUUCCUUUCUCGAAAUUCGUCAACCUUGCGGAAAUGGUAUCAAGCUUCUCAAGGCCAACUCACGAUGGACUCUACCGUGCCAUUGACAUGUUUCUAAAGGAGCAUCCUGGGUUGAGCAAAAGUGAUAGGAAAAGGAUCUGCAGGUUGAUGGACUGCAAGAAGUUAUCAGUAGAUGCCUGUGCACAUGCGGUGCAGAAUGAGCGCCUUCCCUUGCGAGUUGUCGUGCAAGUUCUCUUCUUUGAGCAGGUCAGGGCUUCAACAUCUCCUACUGGCGGCGCAACAUCUGAUCUCCCUGGAAAUCUUAGGGCACUACUUCCAAGAGAAAAUGGUUCCCAUGGAAGUUCAAGGUCCACAACUACAAACACCGAAGAAGAUUGGGAUUCUGUCCCAACCACAGAAGAGCUGAGAGCUCUUAAAGGGGAGCUCGCUACGUUGCGGUUAGGUGGUAGAAAUCUUAAGAACGAAGAUGAUGCCAAUAGUGUUGAAAGAGCAGCUGUAAGUAAAGUGAAGGGCAUACUCAAGUCGAAAAAGUUAUUUUCCAAACUUUUCUCAACCAAGGGAACACGCGAUGAAAAUAGCAGCUCUGAUACAUCGGAUAGUCCUGCUGGUUCUUCUGCUCAUCCUGAGGAAUCAAAGUCCACACCUUCACGAAGCAGAAGACGUUCAGUCUCGUAGUAGAGAGUUAAGGGUUGGUAAUAGUCUCUCUCUCUCUCUUAUUUUGACAGUAGGAAGUAAGUAGGCACCGCUGGUAUAUUCCUGUCACUUGACGUAGAACAUGAAAUGGAAGAAUGCAUUUCUUGGGGCUUAUGAGCAAAAUGGAACUAUGAAAAGCUGAAGAGCUAUGGUAUUUGAUUGCUAGUAAGGUCUUAUUGUUCUUCUUAGUCUUUUCUUUUAGUUUCUUUUGCUCUUUUUGGUUGGGUUCUGAGUAUUAUCUAGUUUUUGCGCUGUACCAUAAGGAAAUGCCACACACUAUGGAUUUUUUUAACUUUUUGCUUAGGCUUCCCUUCUUUUAUCUUGUUUAUUUUGUAAGGCUCUGGCUAGAUUAACUCGGAAAGAAAAAAAGAAGUUGAUGAAAUAAAUAAUGGAAUGCUUGCUAGUCUCAGAA